UAUACAAAUGUCAAAAGUUAAAAAAAGAAAAAGAUUUCUCCUGUCAUAGAUUGAUUGAAGACGCCUGAAUUAUCACAACUUUAACUCACUCUCUCUCUCAUCUUCUUCUUCUCCAUCUAAAAAGAAUAUUUCUUGCAAGUUUUAGCUUUCAUUUGAGAGGUCCUUGAAGUAACAUACAUGGCUUUAGUGGCAACAGCUGAAGUUUGUGAUGCUAACUCACAUCUAAUUCAAAGUGGUGAGUUGCGAGCCCUACAGCCGAUCUUUCAGAUAUACGGGCGACGACAAGUGUUCAGUGGACCCGUAGUCACCCUCAAAGUAUUCGAAGACAACGUGCUAAUCCGUGAGUUUCUCGAGGAGAAAGGCAAUGGUAGAGUUCUCGUUGUCGAUGGUGGAGGGAGCUUGCGAUGUGCGAUAUUGGGAGGUAAUCCAGUACAGCAAGCUCAGAACAAUGGGUGGUCAGGAAUAGUUGUGAACGGGUGCAUCAGGGAUGUUGAUGAAAUAAACGGCUGUGAUAUCGGGGUCAGAGCUUUGGCUUCGCAUCCUAUGAAGGCUAACAAGAAAGGUGUAGGGGAGAAGCAUGUACCAAUAACUAUCGCUGGGACGAGAAUCAGUGAUGGGGAAUGGAUUUAUGCUGACACUGAUGGAAUUCUGGUAUCGCGAUCUGAACUUUGCGUCUGAUCAUAUGGUUAGUGUGGCAAAUGGCAAAUUUAUCUUAUUUGGUCGAUUGAAAUAUGUUGAUUGUGAGUGUAUUUGAGAAUAUAUAUUAUUUAUUUGGACCAUAUAAAUAGUUAAUAGCUUAUAAUGUACCAUUUUCUUGAGUUUGCAAUAAUGAAAUGUAUUUUGUGCA